AUGGUCAUUCAAAGUUUAUCACCAUCAGAGAUAUAUUUCAUUCAACAAGGAGUUGAGAACAACUUGAGGAAUGAUGGUCGAACAAGAUUAGAUUAUAGACCUUUUGAAUUGGAUAUAGGCGAGAUCUCGCAUGCUGUCGGGUCAAGUAGAAUCAUUCUAGCAGAUACACAUAUAUUGGUUGGCAUCAAAGCUGAUAUAUCAGCUCCCGACCCUUUAACUCCAAAUAAAGGUUCUUUAACAUUUUCUGUAGAUUGUUGCCCAUCAGCAUCACCAGAAUACGAAGGUAAAGGAGCAGAUUAUAUAAAUAUAGAAUUAGCAAAACAAUUGGAACGAGUGAUGAAGGAUUCAAACUCGAUGGAUUUAGGUGGUUUGUGUAUCAUGCCAGGUAAAUAUUGUUGGAACUUGUAUAUAGACGCAAUCGUACUCGACAGUGGCGGUAAUCUUUUCGAUGCAUUGUCGAUCGGUGUCAGAGCGGCACUAGCAAACACCAGACUACCAACCAUUAGAAUCACACAGGGCGAAUACUCGACUGUCGACUUUGAAGUCUCUGACGAUCCAGAGGCAAUGCAAUCACUCGAUAUUGAUGGCGUUCCCAUCAAUGUCACACUCACAACCAUUGGCAAUCAAUUUGUGGUCGAUUGUUCAGGCGAAGAGGAACAAUGCAUGGACGCUAGAAUGACGAUUGGCGUCAACAAACGUGGAAAUAUAUGUGGUAUUCAAAAGGGUGGAGUGGCUGGCAUCGACGCACACACCAUCAAUCAAAUGAUUUUAGCUGCCAAACAAGUUGGUUCUGAAAUAUUAAAGACAAUGGAUAAUGUCUUAAAAGAUCAUCAUAUUGCUACUAAAUAA